AUAAUUAAAUAAUUUAUUUAUAUAUUAUUUUAAAGAAUGGAUAAAAUUGACAUUUUUGGAAGCUAAAUUCUUUUUCGCUUUUAAAAGCAAAAGAGAUACUAAACUAGAAUAGGAGGGUAUAUUACUUUUGCAAUAAUUUCCAUCAUAAUAAUUAGAUUAAUUACAACAUGGUGGGAAGUUUAUUAACGUUCAAACCCUAAUGUAAUCUAAAAAGAGAGAUAAGUAUUGUCACCAUAAAAAUUUGUAUUCGAUAAAACAAAUACAUAAUUUGCAUUUGGAAUGCAAGAACCAUCUGAAUACAACUAGUAUAUAGAUCCAAAAAUUUAUAAUAUUUAAGUUUUGUAAAUUACUCAAACGAAUUUGGUCGAUUCAAAAACUGGAAAAACUGUAUCAAAAUAUUCUUAAAGAGAAAUAAAAUCAGGACCUUGUUAAUCAGAUUAUUUUUCUAAUCCUAAUACUUAAGAAUAAUUCAGAAGCUUAAAUUAUUAAAAUCUAUACUGUAUAGAUCCUGAUGAAUAAAUUGUUAUCGAAGGAGACUUUGGAUAAGGUACUUUUAAUUAUGUAGUUAUAAAAGUAAGUAAAUGCAAAAGUGAUUGCUUAAGCGAUGAUAAGCUUGAUUAUUAUUUACUAAAUGGCUCUUUUUCAAUUUACUUUGCAGAUAUUAUAGUAGAUCCAGUUAUUAAAGAUUUUCCUUUUGUCUUCUUUAAUAGAGAUUUGUAUUGGGCUACUUCUUCGAAUACAGCUUAAAAUUUGAGUUUGUAUUUUAGAAAUGACUAUGUUGAGAGUGAUUUUGGCUGGGUUACUUCAAAUAUAGAAACAAAUAGAUAUCCUUAAUAUUCAACAUAGGAUAUAAGCACUUCUCAAACUUAAGGUACUGACUAUUUUUUGUAGGUCCUUUUAAGAUUUGAAAAAUCAAAAGAAAAUCUGUACUAGAGAAGAUAUUAGACUAUAACUGAUAUAAUAUCUUAAAUUGGUGGGUUUGCAUAAUCCUUAAUUGGUUUUGGAUUUCUCUUGUGCUCAUACUUCUCAGAACUAAGUUUAAAUAAAUCUCUAAUAAAUGAUGCUUUUAAUUUCAAACUGUUAAGAGAAAAAAAUUCAUUUUUAUAACAAAAUUAGCAAUUAAAAACUUUAAAAGCUAAUUUUUCUAAUUAAGAAAAUCAAGAAGUUAAAGACAAUAUAGAAAACUAAAAUAAAGCUCAGAUAAAAAACGAAAGUCAAGUAAUUUCAGGUUAAGAUAUAUAAUUUUAAGAAUCUAAAAAAUGUGUUUAAGAUUAACAAAAUAUAAAAAAUUUUGAAAAUAGCUUACACCCUAAUUAGAGCACUAAACCAUUAAAUUAGUCUUAAUAAAAAAAAAGUUACACUAAAAACCAAAUUUUACUAAGUAAGGUAUUGUAAAAAAAGGGGAAUUAAAGUCUAGAGUUAAGUUAUAUAAGCGAAUAAAAAUAGAAAUUAAAAUUACCUUAACAAACAAGCAAAAGUAAGUAAGCUAAAAAAAAUGAAAAUUUAGAAAAUUAGAUUAAAAAAAUGCUGGAUUAAGAAAGAGGUACUAUGGAAAUGAGCUUUUUAGAGUAUUUAAAAUUUCGUUUUUGGCCUUUCAACAAGGAAAUAUAAAAGAAAAAGAAAAUUAUUGAUUUUAGUGUCAAUAAACUCUAUUAUCAUAUUGAUUUACUACAUAUUAUAUAAAAAUUAUUAGAAGUUGAUAAACUAAAAAAAUUGCUAAUGGAUGAUGACUAAAUAAAGUUAUUUGAAUAUUUACCUAAACCUACCAUUUAUGAAUAAGAUGUUUUAUAACAGUAAAAUUAAGAUUAGGAGUAGUAGUAGUAGUAACAAAAUAAAGAUAUUUAUUACUAAGAUUUAAGAUCAGAGUCUUAAAAACUAUAAGAUGCAUUUGAAUCUUAUGUUAAAAUAUCUAAAAGAAAACGGCCAAGUGGUUUAGAUUUAAAAAUAUUGUAAAAUAUAGAUAUAAAUUUAGUUUAAAUUUUUAACAUUGCAGAAGAAAGUAUGUAAUAAAAAGAAUAAAUAGUAAGCAGCUUUGAAUAAAACAAAUAGAUGAAUGAAAUUAAUUUAUAAAAAUCUUAAAAUAUCUUAAGCUAAAAUCCUCUGAUUAAAAAUGAAACAGAGCAUUACGAUAAUUAAAAUUAAAAAGAAAAUAUUAAUCAUAAUUAAAAGCUUACAUUUAGGGAUAAUAUUUUUAACAUUUCAAUUAUUAACUCUAAAGAUGAAAUAAAAUCAGAAAGUUAUAUACCAGAUGAUGAACAGAAUCAACAAAAACAUGAAUUAAAUUUAAAUUCAAAUUAUUUUACUAAUUCAAAAUCAUAAAAAAAUUAACAUGUCUGA